GGGGAGGGCUAGUUGCACAUAGAGAUUUAGAUGAAAGAGCUAUUGAAGCUUUAAAAGAAUUCAAUGAAGAUGGUGCAUUGGCAGUUCUUCAGCAGUUUAAAGACAGUGAUCUCUCUCAUGUUCAGAACAAAAGUGCCUUUUUAUGUGGAGUCAUGAAGACUUACAGGCAGAGAGAAAAAUGGGGGACCAAAGUAGCGGACUCUAGUAAAGGACCAGAUGAGGCAAAAAUUAAGGCACUCUUGGAAAGAACAGGCUACACACUUGAUGUGACCACUGGACAGAGGAAGUAUGGGGGACCGCCUCCAGAUUCCUUUUAUUCAGGUCAGCAGCCUUCUGUUGGCACUGAGAUAUCUGUGGGGAAGAUCCCAAGAGAUCUGUCUGAGGAUGAGCUUGUUCCUUUAUUUGAGAAAGCUGGACCUAUAUGGGAUCUUCGUCUUAUGAUGGAUCCACUCACUGGUCUGAAUAGAGGUUAUGUGUUUGUCACUUUUUGUACAAAAGAAGCAGCUCAGGAGGCUGUUAAACUGUAUAAUAAUCAUGAAAUUCGUUCUGGAAAACAUAUUGGUGUCUGCAUCUCGGUUGCCAACAAUAGGCUUUUUGUGGGCUCUAUUCCUAAGGGUAAAACCAAGGAACAGAUUCUUGAAGAAUUUAGCAAAGUAACAGAGGGUCUUACAGACGUCAUUUUAUACCACCAACCAGAUGACAAGAAAAAAAAAGGCUUUUGCUUUCUUGAAUAUGAAGAUCACAAAACAGCUGCCCAGGCAAGGCGUAGGCUAAUGAGUGGGAAAGUCAAGGUCUGGGGAAAUGUUGGAACUGUUGAAUGGGCUGAUCCUAUAGAAGAUCCUGAUCCUGAGGUUAUGGCAAAGGUGAAGGUACUUUUUGUACGUAACCUUGCCAAUACUGUAACAGAAGAGAUUUUAGAAAAGGCAUUUAGUCAGUUUGGAAAACUGGAACGAGUAAAGAAACUAAAAGAUUAUGCAUUCAUUCAUUUUGAUGAACGAGAUGGUGCUGUUAAGGCUAUGGAAGAAAUGAAUGGCAAAGACUUGGAGGGAGAAAACAUUGAAAUUGUUUUUGCUAAGCCACCAGAUCAGAAAAGGAAAGAAAGAAAAGCUCAGAGGCAAGCAGCAAAGAAUCAGAUGUAUGAUGAUUACUACUAUUAUGGUCCACCUCAUAUGCCCCCUCCAACAAGAGGUCGAGGGCGUGGAGGUAGAGGUGGUUAUGGAUAUCCUCCAGAUUAUUAUGGAUAUGAAGAUUAUUAUGAUUAUUAUGGCUAUGAUUACCAUAACUAUUGUGGUGGAUAUGAAGAGCCAUACUAUGGUUAUGAAGAUUUUCAAGUUGGAGCUAGAGGAAGGGGUGGUAGAGGAGCAAGGGGUGCUGCUCCAUCCAGAGGUCAUGGGGCUGCUCCUCCCCGUGGUAGAGCCGGUUAUUCACAGAGAGGAGGUCCUGGAUCAGCGAGAGGCGUUCGUGGUGCGAGAGGAGGUGCCCAACAACAAAGAGGCCGCGGGCAGGGAAAAGGGGUCGAGGCUGGUCCUGACCUGUUACAAUGAAGACUGAGUUGCUAUGUGGGAUUACACCAGAAGCUUGCAGUGGAAUAAUGGUAAGGAAAUCAAGCAACCUUAAAUAUCUUGGCUGUAUAGGAGCAUAUUCUAUUGCAGAAGACCUUUCUAUGAGGAUCAUGGAAUCAAAUACAGGACAUUGAACUAAUACUUGGACUUUGAUAUGAAUUUCUUUAACAA